AUGACCACGAUAACCACGGUAGCCCCCUCCCUCAUUCUCGAGGCCAAAUGGAUGCCUCUAGCCGCCCUCGAAACUGUGCAUUAUGCCGACCUCCUCGCUGGAGACGCUCUUGAAACAUCCAAGCUGCUCCGUGCCUGCCAGGGCCAGGGGUUCUUCUACUUAGACCUCGCCGGCACCGAGAGCAACUUCAACGGCGACGAAUUCCUCGCAAGUCUAACACUCCUGCGCACCCAGCAAGCCCAGUACUUCGAUCAGUUCGUUGAUGUCAAAAUGAGUGACUAUCUGGGCCCAUUGGCCAGAAAGGGCUAUCAGCAUUUCACAGACCGCGAGGUCCUCGAGAUCCCCUACGACGCCCUCCAGCCUGGAGAAAUUCCCCCUUCUCCCGAGACCCAGCCCUUGUGCUCCUUUGUAACUGCGUCGCACGCAGUAGCUAAGACCCUCAUUCGGCGCUUAUCGCCCUUUGUCGGCAACGAAGACCGUCGCAAGUACAUGGCGGCCAUCCACGACGAGCGCGACCUGUCCAGGUCGGGCCUCAAGAUGGAGCACAUCCCCGCGGCAGAGAAGCUGAUCGAAGAGAACAGCUCCGAACAGACAGAUGAGGGAUCGGUGACGCUUCACUUCUGCGACGACUCGACGAUAGAAUUCCGGGACCCAGAAACGGGCGAGUGGACGGCGAUCACGCCGCGCAAAGAGUGCGCGGUCGUGAACGUCGCCAAUGCAUUGCAAACUGCCAGCAGGGGGCAGUUUAAGAGUCCUUUACGUCGCACAAGAAGAUCAUCUUCUGGUGUCCAUGGUUAUCAAAGCGUGGCCUAUUAUCUGUGGCCUAGGGUUGACUCGGGGUUGUGUUGCAGCUGA